ACCGGAAGUGAGCGCCAGUCUGUCUCGCGCAGCCGCACCUGUGUCCUGUAUUUCUCGGUCGGUUUCAAGGCGGCGGACUGUCGUUAUGAACAAAUUUUCCAACUUCUUCAAGGGCGAUUCGAGCUCCGGCUCGUCCCGGUCCCGCUCCAGGAAACAGGGCCCUAGUCCCCAGGAGGCCCUCCACCGGCUCCGGGAGACUGAGGAGAUGUUGACCAAGAAACAGGAAUAUCUGGAGAACAGGAUCCAGAGAGAACUAGAGACCGCCCGAAGAAGCGGCACCAAGAACAAGAGAGUUGCCCUUCAAGCACUCAAACGAAAGAAGAGACUUGAAAAGCAGUUAGCACAGAUUGAUGGUACACUCUCUACAAUUGAAUUCCAGCGUGAAGCAUUAGAAAAUGCAAACACAAAUACAGAAGUGCUGAAAUCCAUGGGCUAUGCUGCAAAGGCUAUAAAAGCUGUUCAUGAGCACAUAGAUUUGGAUAAAAUUGAUGAGAUGAUGCAAGAUAUCAAAGAACAGCAGGAAAUAGCACAAGAAAUCUCUGAUGCAAUUUCCCAUCCAGCUGCAUUUGGAUCAGAAUUUGAUGAGGAUGAAUUGCUGGCAGAAUUAGAGGAGCUGGAACAAGAAGAAUUGAGUAAGAAAAUGACUAAAGUACUGCCAAAAGUUCCAGCCACCUCCCUCCCAUCCAGAGAAGUCAAAACCAAGAAGAAAACAAAGGAAGAUGAUGCAAGUUUGAAGCAUUUAAAAGCCUGGGCAUCGUAGAAUCGCCCUCAAGAACGAAGGAUGAUAAUACCAAGCAACAUGAAGAUGACUUUGUAUUCAUAUGUUUGGUAAAUAGUCCUACAAAAUAUUGAUGUACUGUGGUUCUCGGGUAUCUGAGGUUCAAUUCUGCAUUUGUGGUAAACUCUGAUAUUCACUUGGAAUGCUUUUUUUAAAUCAGUGUUGGCAAAUCAUCCACUCUUCAUGUAUUAGCGUACAGUAAAUCUCUAUGCAGUUCGAAUCAGACGAAGUUUGGAAAAUAGCAACAUUCAAAUAACAUUAACGGAUGCAUGUCAAAAAGUGAAAUGAUUCUGGGGCUAAAAUAUCCUUUCCAGUAGAAGUUAUAUAGAACACUGAGCAAAGAGCUGAUGAAAGCCUGCUAUUUUCAAGACACCAAUCACAAUGCAUAAACAUAUCUUUUAAAAAAACACAACUGAGAUUUGAUGGUUAAUUUGAGGUGAAUACUUCUAACAUUCUUUGGCAUCUGUUCUGUUUUAAAUCCACAGGUGCACACAUCAGUCGAAUCUGAUUUAUUCCUAAAGUUAUUUUUGUAGCUAAGCACCUGCUAUAUAAUUAGAAACCCACAUGCCCUACACACACUCGCUCUCAGCUCUGAAAGCACUAAAUUUAAAAUUUCAGUUACUGCUACAGCUUGCAGAGCAGGAACAUUAGCCACACAAGCUACAGAAAUGGAAUCAGGCACUCUUGUUCAGAGGAAGGAAGAAAAUUGAAGGAGAAAAGUGAAAUAGAACACGCUGGCAGCAAACAGAUGUGCACAAAAUAUAGCAUCAUUCAGGACCAAAGACUCUAGCUAAUUUCACCUUAGAUGUUGAUUUGUGACUGGAUUUUACUCUGCACAAAGACAAGCUGUUUCAAACAAACCGACAGAUUGACCAUACAACUUGCCACAGCGCAAAAGCUAGUAAAACAUAUUCAAUAAGAAAUAUAACAUGCAGGUAACCAAUAAUUAAACCCAACUAAGUGAACAUGACAGCAACUUUUCGAUCUCCAGAAACUGUUUUUGAACCUGUUCACUUCAGUGGCAUUCCCUGGAAAUGUAUUCAACAAGUCCUUUUUUUUCUGCUUCUGCCUUCCCCUCUUAUUCCUCUCUCCCUAAUCUUUAAUUGGGGAACUAGACACACACAAAAGGUUAAAAUGAAAAUUAGGACUCAUGGAGUUGGGGAUAAUAUAUUAGCACUGAUAGAGGAUUGGUUAAAGGACAGAAAACAAGAAUAGGAAAUAAACAGGCCAUUUUUGGGUUGGCAGGGUUUUACUAGUGGGAUGCCAUAAGGAUCAGUACUGGGGCCUCAACUACUUACAAUCUAUAUUAGUGACUUGAAUGAAGGGACUGAUUGUAAUGUAUCCAAGUUUACAAAGUCAGGUGCGAGAUUAAGCUGUGAAGAGGACACAAGGAGUCUGCAAAGGGUUACAGAUAGAUAACCACUUCAAUGCUUCAACUACUCCCUGUGUAGCUAUGAUUCUAUUGAAUGGCAGCGCAGGCUUUAGAGCUCUGCUACUGCUCAUAUUUCUUAUAUCCUUCUAUUCUCUUUGAACCCUUUGCAAUAAUGAACAACUUGGUCGAAUUUCCUGCCAUUUCCUGUUAUAAAUUUAAGUUAUGUUGAAGGAAUUACCUCAAAAUGUUCAUCACCCCAAGUUCCCUAAUUAAUUUGAAAACUUAUCUAAUUGACUGGGGAUAGCACCAGAUAUGAGAGGACUCAUUUAAAGCAAUUUUUAGCAAACCCAUGUUUCAAAUAAUCUCAACCCAAGGUUUGAAAUUUUCUGUUGCCAUCACAUAUAGUAGACCCCAUAUAAGCCAUGCUUGCUUUAUAUUAUAAGGCUGAGAAGAGAUUUGAUAGAGGUGUUCAAAAUCAUGAGUGACCUAGAUGGAGUAGAUAGAGAAUAACUUCCCACUAGUGGUGGGAACCAGCAUAGACAGAUUUAAGGUGAUUGGCAAAAAAAACGGUGACAUGAGAGCAUUUUUUUUAAUGCAGUGGGUGGUUAGGAUCUCAAAUGUACUGCCUCUAAGAGAGUGGUGGAUGUAUAGUCAAUUGUGGCUUCCAAGAGGGAAUUAGUUAAGUAGAAGUACAUGAAGAUUAAAGAAAAAAUUGCAGGAUUAUGGGAAAAGGAUGGGGUAGCUGAAUUGUUCCUGCAGAGAGCCUGCAUGAACUCAAUGGGUCAAAUGGCCUACUUCUGUUCUGUAAUCAUUCUAUGAUUGAACCUUCUACACAAGUCCAGUAGAAAAGGGACAACUAUUACUGAAUGUACUGGGGGAGUACAUUGAAAAUGUUCAUCUUAAGUUUCUGUAUAAGAGUCAGAAUGGGAUAGCUGCCCAAAGCUGCUGUUAUACAACUCACUGGGCACAUGUUUGCUUGUUCUGCCACCUGAGGAAUGGAGUAUCAGCAAAGAGAUACCUUUUAUAUUUGGAAAAGAGGGGAAAUGGAAAGUAAGCAUGCCUUGUAAAAUGAAGUGGAAUAAAGCACAUUACACGCUGCUUAUGAAUAUGCAGAUAAAUAUUUAAAACAAAUGAUUAUCCAUCUGCAGUAGUAACAGAUAUACAAUUCAUAGAUAACUUUUAAAUAAAAAAAAACAAUGAAAGUAGCAAAGCAAUCUCAUGCACACCAUUAAAAAUUAGUGUUUCCUGUUACAUCUCUGGUGUAUCUAACUUCCAGCUGUACUUUUGCACCCUACUCCCAUGAACUUGGUUUCUCUGACUUUGGCCUAUUGUGUAUUCACCCAACCACUGACAGCUUUCCUAUCAACUGUUGAGGCCCAAUGCUCUGUAAUUCCAUCCCUUAAACUCCCAUGUCUCUCUAAAUUCCUUUCUAUCUCUUUGACCAAGCUUUUGGUCACCCUUCCUGAUAUAUAUUUCUUUUCUCAGUAUCCAUUUUUGCCUGAUUACAUGUGGAUUGAGAUGUGUUUUCUAUGCCAAAGUUGUUUUACAAAUGCAAGAUAAUGUUGAUUUGAGCAUUUGGUAGCACGAUGCAUGAUUGAGUUUCAUUCAACUAAAACGUGACACAGACAUGGUCAGAACAUUGCAAAAGUGUAAAACAAGGAAUCUUGUCAAAAAUAAAUGCAUGUCCCAAAAAAAUCAUAACCAUAUCCAUAUCAUGCAAUAAAAAUCUUUUGUCUGUACCCAUUUCCUGCCAAUCUUUUCCAUUUCAAAUUCAUAAGCCCAUAUUUAUAAUAUAAACUUCCUUCAUUAUAAUAGAAAAAAUUGGUUGAAUUUCUGCAGAAGAUAUCUGCUCAUUCACUGUAACUUCAGGAAAGAGCCACAGAAAUCCUGAACAUUUUCUGUUUUUCUGCAGACGAGUAGGAAAACCCGUGCGGAACUUUAUAUUACCCAGUAAUUUAUACACAAAAUGCAAGAGUAACUUGCAUGAGAAACCAAACAUUUCCACAGUACAAGCAAUGCAACUUCCUAAGUUAAUUCAGUAUGUUUUGUGGAGGUAUAAUGUGCGAACUGUCUCUCUCUUAAUGUCCCAAGACAAAAUGGCCAAGAUCAGCAACUUGCUAUGUGAAGAUUAGAUGAAAACCUAGGCUAGUACACUACAGAAAUUGUAUUUUUUUAAUUGAAACAAUUUUUUUUUUUAAAGCACAAAUACCUGUGACACAGAAAAAUACGUGACACUAGCUUGAUAGCUUACCAAGAAAAGUUAAAUAAAGCCUUUCCUUGCACUUUUUUUCUCUUGCACUGCAAUGUUUUGGAUGACUAUAUUUUGUUUGAGAAGAUAAAAUAGUUGACUAAUUCCUUCAUUUACUGUAAAUAGUUUUUUUAAGAACUACUUGAUACUGUUUUUGGUCUAAUUAAGGUGUAAUUUAAAAUGGCGGACAAAAUCAAUUCCACAUAGGCCUAAAAUAAUUUUGUUUUCAUUGGAAAAUCUGCUUAAGUAUGUCAUUUUAUGUUACGGUUAAGAUGUAUACAAACAAUUAAAGUUUUUCAUUAGAAAAUCCAAUUUUACCUGAUAGCAUAUAUUUCUGUAAUGUUGUUAGUACAGUUGACACUAACCAGAAAGGUAGUUUUUAAAUAAAAACUGUAUCUGUAUUAGAUAAUAUAUAUUGAUUUGCCUGUAUAGCUGUUCAUUGAAGAUAAAUGCAACCAUUCAAGAAAUCAACCAGUAAAAUGAUACACAAGUACAUUUUGUAAAUAAAAGUACUUGAUUUCCAUG